GACGCGUAGUCUCAGUUUCACUUUAGGUUAUUCUAUAGCAUUAAGCUGCCAUAUAGACUGAAAGUCAGAGAUUGAGGGCACACAGGAAGCAAUGGCAUCAGAAGAGAACGAAACAACUCCAUUAUUAACUAAUAAUCAGAAUACACAGGGACAAAUAAGAAAUGGCCGGCUCUACGUUGCGGCCUUUUCGGCUGUUUUGGGCAGUUUUAUUUUUGGAUACGCCAUGGUACUUCCCUCCGCCGUGAUCCCACAGCUUCAGGAGGAUGACGAUCCACGACUGCACAUGAACGUUAAUCAGAUUUCCUGGUUUGGGUCUAUUUUUGCGAUUGGAGCUAUAGUAGGAGGGUUGAUUGCCAUGCAGAUGAAUGACAAAUUUGGAAGGAAACACAGCAUCAUGAUAUCUGUAAUUCCCUCCACGGCGGGGUUUCUCAUGAUGGCCAAAGCGAAUGAAUGGUUGUUGCUUCUCCUGGGCAGAUUUCUCACAGGCAUCGCUGCUGGGAUUACAGCCAGCUCCAUUCCUGUCUAUGUGUCAGAGAUUUCACAUCCAGGUGUCAGAGGUGCCCUGGGAGCCACUCCUCAGGCCAUGAUUGUCUUUGGAGGUCUGGCACUCUACGCUCUCGGUUUGGUUCUGCCGUGGCGGUGGCUGGCUAUAGCUGGCGAAGUUCCGGGUCUGAUUAUGCUAAUCCUUCUGUGCUUCAUGCCGAACUCUCCACGUUACCUCAUCACCAAAAACAAAUGGGACGAGGCUGCCAGAGCCCUCCAAUGGCUCAGGGGCCCUGAUUCAAACUAUAUCACUGAACUCAAUCAAAUUCAACAGAGUGUCAAUUCCCAGCUUGGAAUGGAGUUCUCAGAUCGUAAGGGUCCAUUCUACUACAAGCCAAUCGGGAUCUCUGUGUUUAUACGAAUCCUGCAGCAGACGACAGGUAUUACACCCAUCUUGGUUUAUCUGGAGCCAAUCUUUGAGAAAACAGCUGUUUCACUGGAACCCAAGUACGAUGCAGUCAUAGUGGGACUGGUUAGACUGUUUGCUGUUAUGAUCGCAACCUGUUUUAUGGACAAAGCUGGCAGGAAAUCUCUUCUCUACGCAUCAGCAUUUAUAAUGUUUCUGGCCAUGCUGACAGUGACCGUGUACACCCACAAUACAUCAUGUGAUCCUGGGAACAUAACUCUUGCAGUUCCAUCUGCAACAGAGUCAUUUGGAGUCAUGACUGGUUUUGAGUUCAAAUCCGGCACAGUUAUCCCCCUCAUCAGCAUCAUCUUUAUUGCACUUGGUUAUGCAAUAGGCUGGGGUCCGAUCACAUGGCUGCUGAUGUCGGAGAUCCUGCCGAUAAAAGUGCGCGGUGUUGUUUCAGGCGUGUGUGUGAUGGUCAGCUAUAUCACUGCUUUCGUGCUGACACAAUUCUUCAUGCAGGCAGUGGAUGCAUUUGGAGUCUUUGCACCGUUUCUGUUCUUCAGUGUAAUCUGCGUGGUGAGCAUCAUAUUCACAGCAAUGUGUGUGCCUGAAACAAAAGGGCGAACACUGGAGGAAAUUGAGAACUAUUUCAGAACUGGACGCACCUUCACCACUGCUGAGAGUUAAUCCGACUGCAAUCAGGGAGAAACACAAACCUACAUAUUUAAAUAAUGAUAUUUUAUUAUCAAUCUAUGAAUCUCAAAUCAGUAUAAAAGCUUGACAGGAGAGAAUGAAUAAUAAUAAAGAAAUAAUAAAGACAAACGUUUUUCAGUUUUACAGAUGUAGUUUUGGAUUUGUCUGUUUCCCUACUGAAAAAGAAAAAUAUCUUUUUGUUGUGAUAUGAUAUGAUAGAAAAGGUCAAAUAUAAUAUACAUUCCCAUUCUGACCUUGAAAAGAUCCUCCACUGUAGCACUAUAGAAAGAAAAUGUUGCUGGCUUUUCAUUCUCUUCACAACUACACUCACUCACUCUUCUCUUAUUGCUCGUUUCUUCUUGCAGUUUGUGGUGAGUGACCUCUGCCCUACAGUGUAAAAGUAACCUUUUGGUGAAGAGUUAAUCUCAAAUAGCAGUUCAAGUGGCAGCCUCACCACACUGUUUUCUAAACAACUGUAGAAAGAGGUUGGUAGCAGCUUUCCCUUCUAUUUCACAAACAGAGCAUUGGACAAUGAGAAUCAAGCGGCUCCUUGAUGCAGAUCCACUUUUAAAGGGUCAAAAUGAUGUACAUAUAUUUGGAUGGUUUAAUAAAUCCUGCAGAAUGCUCUAAAUGAGAUGUAAAGUUAAGUAAGGAAUAAAACAAGACAGGAAAUGCUAUUAUAUUAAAAUAAUCAACACCGUUCGUGUGUUAAUGUGACCUGACAUGAAGUGGGGUUACUGUUACCAUCCCUUAAAUUCACCAUAUAAAGUUUUUUUGUACCCACCAUAUCAGUAUGAUUAUGUAAUGCCAAAUCCAUGCCAUUAAAUUGUGUAGAGAUAUAAUCCAACUAAUGGAAUGUUUUGGGGAGGUGAGGGGAAACCAGAAAACCAGGGAAACAGACAUGGAUAUGAGGAAAACACGUAAAACUCCACAUAGACAGUAACCCAACCUUAGGAUCAAAUCCUGGAGACACUGGGGACCUGUGAGGCAGCAGCGCUACACGGUAAACCCUUGUAGGAACACAAAUGGCAACACAACUUAAUAUUAAUGACUGUUCUUGAAUUUCUUUAUCAAUUUCCAUAAGUGCAUUACCUCUUGGACUAUGGGUAAGUCAUAAAGACUGAGGACUGAGCAACUUACUUAUCUGAGUUGACACACACAGGCAUGCUUUAACUGUUUAAUAUCUGCCAAUAUAAAUAUUAUUCAUUAUGCUAUACCAGUUUAGCUACAGUAUCUUUGUACAGUAUGUAGGACUAUGUUGGUUCAGGUUCCAUGUAGAGUUUCCGUGCAUGUUCUCCCUGCAUCCAUGCCUUUUCCUCCCACCUUUCAAAAACAGGUCAGUAAUUGGAUUGCUUAAUAUAAAUUGCUCCUAGCUGUGAAUGAGUUUGUGAAUGUGUGUGCAUGGUGAAUUAUGAUGGACUGAUGUCCCAGCCAGGGCUCCAGAUCCCUGAAUAAUAGAGUAAUAUUUUUGUGGAAAUGCUGUUUAAAUGUGGCAGCAGUAACCUCUAGAUGGCUCUCUUUUCUCACUGAAUGUUACCAGGUUCAAACAUAAAAUUGUUCAACAGAUUUGAUGAGUGACUAUCCAUCUUUGAAUGAUGUUCAGCUGCUUUUUCGAUGUAAAAUGACUCCUAAAUCUCAGGUAAAUUGAAAAUUUGAUUCACUCUUGACAUCAUAUUUUCCCAUCCUGAAAGACACAUAGGUACACUCUGUUAAUGUAAUUAUUCAAAUUUUUUUUUUUUUUUUUUUUUUUUUUUUAAAACACAAGUCUUGAAAUGAAUCAUGCCCCAUCAUCCAAGGGACUGUUGAAAACGAGCAGAGGAUAAUAGGAGGUUUUGCUUUGGAUGAUUGUGAGAAGAUAAAUAAUGUGAUCAGUAAAAUGACUUUUGGCAGCAAUCACACAACAUCUGUGCAAGUAGGGAUCAGAAUCAUAAGCUUCAGUAAGACUAUGAUAAGCCCCAGGGCUAUUCUCUGGGCAUUUCCUCUCCUGACAGCCAGGAUCCAGCAUGAGUUCCAGUCAGAGGUGCUCUCCCAAGGACUGAACCUAUUGAAAUUGCCCAAGUUGGGCUCCCACUGGUCGGAAAGUAAUGCCAUAGAAAAGGUGGACUCUGUUUUUAUUGUGGGAAUAAGGAACAUUUCUGAGCAAAAUGUAAGACCUGCAGACCUGAAGCCAAGAACCCCACACAGCUAGCCCAUCUACUCAUAUGCAAGUGUAUGACGCUACCAGUUACCAUAUCUUGGGGGUCUGAAACCUAUAUUUUCCAAGCCUUCCUAAAUUCUGUAGCAAGGAAUUUUGUGAAUAAAACAGUGACCAAGAUUAAAUGUACAUCUUGUUCCCCUUAAAGUUCCCCUUACUGGAACUUUAAGAGUUAAAGCUCUGAAUGGAUCUCCACUAGGGCGUGGUAAAGUGUCUGAGCACACUGUUGCCAUUCAAAUAUGCACUGGCAUUCUCCAGAAAGAAACACACUCUUUCAUGAUCACUAAUCACCCAGCCACCCAAUUAUGCUAGGUUUCCCAUGGAAGUCUACUCAUGAUUUUACGAUUGCUUGGAGCAAAUGUGAGCUCAUAACCUGGAGUGAAAACUGUUUUAACCACUUUCUGUCUCUACCAUGUCACUCCACCCACAAUAAAAGUAAAGAGAUAUGACCAUAUGAAAGCCCUACAGAGACAUAGCUGAAGCUUUCAACAAAGCAUGAGCAUCCAGGCUACCUCCACAUUGACCAUGGGAUUGCGCCAUUGGACUUUUAGCAGGUGCUGC